CCUAGGUGUGCGUGGUAGCUUCGAGCUCUUUCCGGUUUUCUUCCUAGGUCGCCGGAAUCUCCUCUCAGGGAAGCCAGUGAACUUCCGGUUGUCACCGCGGUCGCCGCUGCCGAAGGAGCGAAGCGAAUGGGGGACCCCCGGGGAGCAGGGGCCGAGUCGGGCCUAGCGGGGAAAAGCGACCCGGGGGCACCCGCGCCUGGCGGAGCGUCGCUGAAGGGGGAGCGAGAAGAGCCGAAUCAGGGUUCUGUGCUGUUUCUUGGGGGUAAUGAAGUGAAGAGCAGUGCUGUGGUAAAGUAUUCAUCUGCUCCACCACAAGCAGCAUUUGCACGCCUUCAAGAGAAGACUGAUCUGAAACUUCCGCCAGCUAAUUGGUUACGCGAAAGUGCCAAACUGGGACCAGCAGGGGCAACUAUUCUUGGUAACAGCAAGAAGGGCAAGCCAUUUUCAAGCUUUGGCAUGGCAUACGAUUUUAUUGACUCAAUUGGAAAUGAUGUGGAUGUUGUAUCUGAUUCUGAGAAUAUUAAAAAGCUUCUUAAGAUACCAUACAGCAAAUCUCAUGUCAGUAUGGCAGUACAUCGGAUUGGGAGAACUCUCUUACUAGAUGAUCUAGAUAUUCAAGAGCUCUUUAUGAGAUCAUCACAGACUGGAGAUUGGACAUGGUUAAAGGAAUUCUACCAGAGAUUAAUAGAUCAGAAGUGGCAACGAAAGAAGAAGAGCAAAGAACACUGGUACCAGAAAGCUAUACUUUCCAAAUUUUUAUACUACAGCAUCAGUGGUGAUGGAGCUGCUCAGCCUGUUCCUCCUCCUGAAGAGCAACAUCAGGAAGAAACAACUGAAGAUCAAACUGCCGAAGCAGGAAGGGUUUCUUGGCCAGCCCCUUUUGAAAUGCCUUCCUCACUUUCUGAAGAUGCAAGUGCUUCUAAUCAGGGAAGUGUGCUUCUUGAACCCUCAUAUGUAGUGGGGGAUGUGUCCUCAGUCCCCAAACAACAAAACCUAUCUACUUUGUUCAGUGACGGGGGAAACAGUCAGGGUCUUAAAAAUGACUUUGUUCGGAACAUCUUGUGGACAUUUGAAGAUAUUCACAUGUUGGUUGGAUCAAAUAUGCCUAUAUUUGGAGGAGGAAGAUACCCAGCUGUGAGCUUGCGUCUCAGGGAUAACAAUAAACCAAUUAAUGUGCUAACUGGCAUUGACUAUUGGCUGGACAAUUUGAUCUGCAACGUGCCAGAACUUGUGAUGUGUUUCCAUGUUAAUGGAAUUGUUCAGAAAUACGAAAUGAUUAAGACAGAGGAUAUACCCAACUUGGAAAACUCAAAUUUCUCUACCAAAGUAGUAAAAGAUAUUGCUCAAAAUAUUUUAUCGUUUCUGAAAGCUAACUGUACCAAAGAAGGGCAUACUUAUUGGCUGUUUAAAGCAAGUGGAAGUGAUAUCGUAAAGCUGUAUGACCUGACCACUCUCUGUGAAGAGACAGAAGAUAAAUACCAAAACCCCUUCACGAUGCCAGUUGCAAUUCUUCUUUACAAAGUUGCUUGCAAUAUGAUGUUGAAGAAAAACCAAAACAGGAAGCAUUAUGGGACUAUCAGAACAUUACUCCUUAACUGUGUGAAGUUGUUGGACAAGGGUAGACAUCCUCAGAUUAUUGCUUCAGCAAACUACAUGCUCUCGGAACUGUUCCAGCUUGAUGAGCCAAAAAAAGAAGAGGGUGGUGAGUUCCCCUUAAAUGGUAAUUCUGAUGAAAGCUACAGUGAGGAGGAAGAGGAAAUGCCUGAUAGUGAUGAAAAUGGUUCCUAUAGUACCAGUUCAGAUCCUCCUGAUGACAACAAAGCAGUUGCUGUAAUAAAAUCAGUUGGAGAACUGUCUGUACCUGAAAAAUACAAAUCUACUCAUCAAAUACGUCCUAGUUGUGCAUUUCCAGUUUGCCAUGACACUGAAGAAAGGUGCAGACUAGUGCUCAACUAUGUUCUUGAGGGUUUAAAAUCUGUAGACAGCAGCAUCAAGAAGGAAAGUGAUCUUCCUGCAGCAGAUCCCAGCACUCCCAUUCCAUUAAAGUAUGAAGAUGAAUCAGCAAGUGUUGGACCUGAGUGUCUUGAAAAGCAGAUGGCCUUGUUUUUAGACAAAAUGGGCUCAUUUCGGGAAGUUAAACAUUCUAGUCAGUCAGGAAUGAUCCCUGGAUCCUGGCAGUACAAAAUGAAACUUCAGCUGAUCUUGAAAUCCUCAAAGGCUUACUAUGUUCUCUCUGAUGCUGCUGUGAGUCUUCAGAAAUAUGGGAGAGCAUUACGGUACAUAAAACUAGCUUUACAGUGCCAUGAUACAUAUUGCUGCCUCUGCACGAACAUGCUUUCUGAAGUACUCCUGUUUCUUUGUCAGAGUUUAACUCUUUGUGGUGAUAUCCAACUAAUGCUGGCCCAGAAUGCAAACAACAGAGCUGCAUAUCUUGAAGAGUAUAACUAUCAAACAAAAGAAGAUCAGGAAAUACUACAUAGUCUUCACAGAGAAUCCAGUUGCCAAGUAUUUUCUUGGGCUACUGACUUGUCUACAGAUUUGGAAUGCCAGCUUUCAAUUAGCUGCAAAUGCUAUGAGGCAGCUAAUGAAAUUUUGCUUUUUAGUAAUUUAAAAGGGCAGAAUCCAGAACAAUAUACACAAGUGCUGAAGAGAAUGGGUAACAUCCGAAAUGAAAUUGGAGUAUUUUACAUGAACCAAGCUGCUGCUUUACAGAGUGAAAGAGGGGAGAACAAAGCUGUAUCUGCAGCAGAACAGCAACUUUGGAAGAAAAGCUUCUCUUGUUUCGAAAAAGGGAUUCAAAACUUUGAAUCCAUUGACGAUGCAACCAAUGCUGCUCUUCUCUUGUGUAAUAUGGGAAGAUUAAUGCGGAUUUGUGCUCAUGCUCACUGUGCUGCUGCAGUAGACUUCAAAAGAGAAUUUUCCCAUGAAGAGGCUCUUUAUUAUAAUAAGGCUGUUGACUACUAUCUGAAGGCCUUGAGGUCCCUGCGUGAAAGAGAAGUUCAUCCUGCUGUUUGGGAUUCUGUCAACUGGGAGCUGUCUACCACCUACUUUACUAUGGCAACUCUGCUGCAGGAUUAUGCUCCCUUAUCCAGAAAGGCUCAAGAACAGAUAGAAAAAGAAGUUAGCGAGUCAAUGAUGAAAUCCUUGAAAUAUUGUGAUGUUGACACAGUGUCUGCACGGCAGCCCCUUUGCCAGUACCGAGCAGCUACAGUUCACCAUAGGCUGGCUUCCAUGUAUCACAGCUGUUUGAGAAACCAGGUUGGUGAUGAACAUCAGCGGAAACAGCAUAGAGUACUAGUAGAUCUUCAUUACAGUAAAGCUGUGAAGUUUUUUCACCUCCUGAAGGAUGUGCCAUGUGAGCUUCUUCGUGUACAGCUGGAAAGAGUAGCAUUUGCAGAAUUUCAGAUGGCAAGUCAAAAUAGCAGUGCUGGAAAACUAAAGACUUUGUCUGGGGCUUUGGAUAUCAUGAUAAAGACCCAGUCUGUGUUUCAGCUCAUCAGAAAGGAACUUGUUGCUGAAUUUGAACAGAGACUUGAGGAUAACAAAAGCAAUGUGGAAAAUGUGCCUGCUGAAGACUCAUCCACUAGCCUCAAUAAGGAGGAAAUUGUAAAACUCCUUGGUAUAUUUGAGUCUCGGUUGUCUUUCCUCCUCCUUCAGUCCAUCAAACUGCUUACAUCAACUAAAAGGAAAGUUGGAGGUAACAGUGAAGAAGAAGAAAUUCUUAAGACCAAUAAGAAUGUUUAUUCACUUCUCUUGCGAUCAGCAGCAAAUAAAAACCUGACUCUGCUAGAAAGAACGGAAGUUGUUUUAAACUUAUUGGAAAAGCUGACUCGGGAUAAUGAAGGCAAUAAUCUGGGAAUUCAGUGACCCACCUUAAUGCUUGUACAUGUUGCAACCAUUGAAUCAGUGCCUUGCUCAAAAAGGGAUUUGUGGUUCUCUUCCAUAGAUUGCCUGCUUUAUUUAUAUUGUUCCAUAUUUAUAAGAUUGUACAGUUGGAAAAUAAAACUAUUGUUACUCUUUGAAUGCUGUUUUGAAUUAGCAAAUAUUUUUGUUUUUACACUUCUGGGUUUGUUUUUAAAUGCUCAAAUAGAAAUGUACAGUUAGUUUAUUUAAUCUGAACUGCAAUGGGCUUUGUAUUGUUGCAAAGCAGAAUGGUUUUGCUAACACCUACUCAGUUUCACCAGGGGUGGGGAACAUGGGCCCCUACAGCUGUUGUUGAACUCCCAACCAUCAGCAUUCGUGACCACUGGCUGCAUUGGCUGGGCCUGAUGGGAACUGGAGUCCUGUCACAUCUCAAAGGCCACAGAUUCCCCACCCUUGUGUUACAGCAAAAGUCCCCUUUGCUAUUUCUUUCCUCUAUGCAUUCUCUGCUAAGCAAAACGUCCGUGAAAAGCACGUGCCAGCAGUAUUAAUUAAAACCAUAACAUUACAAUUACAGAUUCCUGCAAAAAUGUGCCUUUUGCACUUCAAUGCAAUCACUUAAAAUAGACAUUACUCUGAGAAAUGCAAUGGGCUUGUUUGUACCUCACUGUCACUUUUUCAGAAAUGUGAAUAAACAGUUGUAUAUUGAAGAAAUGUUAUUAAAAUUUUAUCCCACUGGUCAGCAUUUAAUUUCUGUUGUCUCAUUUUCCUCCCAGAAAACCUCAAAGGUAUCGGUGCAUACAAAGGUUGCUGUGUUGGUUCUUUUGUAGAGGUUUGUAACACCAUCAGGGAACACAAGUUUCUUUUAAAAAGAAAUACUGUUCCUGCAUUGCACAGUAAUAUCAUUCUGCAAAUGGCUACCAUUUUGCCUAACCUAAUAUUCAGAGUAACUUGAAAGAUUGCUCAUUCUUACUUUUCCACAGAAUCACUUUCUGUUGCCUGGUUUGUCUUCUCUUGUGUAUGAGGUUAUAUUAUCCUGUAUUAUUUAUGCAUCAUAUGCAGUGUUCAAAAUUGUGACCCUAUGAUGUCUUUGCAUGUUCUAAUUGGGUCCAGAUACUCACUGCAUGAUAUGAAUGAGCUACCAACCAAUAGUUCUCUCAUCUUAUUCUGAGUCAUUUUGACUCAUUGGCUUGGAUCCUAACUUUUAUUUUGCUCUUGGGGUUUGGGGAACCCUUGAGCGGUGUGGAAAGCUGCAGGCAGCCAAGGGAACAUGGUUUCUUCUAUAAAGGCUACACUAUGAUGGUUAUUAGCAACCUGAUUCUGUAAACAUUUUCUACAUAGUAGCUAUAUAGAUAUUUCAGUGAAUUAUGUUUUAAAUUUGCAGCUUCAAAAAGAUAGUCCUUAUCUGGACCACCUGGAGAUGCUCAGGAUAUAAUUAGAUCCAAUAAGUUGUUCCAAGCUCAGAUUUCAUGGCUCUUACUUUCUUGGGUUCAUAUACCAAUAAUUUAGGAACUUUCACCGCUGUAAGUAAACCAAUUUUUACUGUCUGUGCAACCUUUUUGACUACUGUAUGGAAAAGCACAUGAACCUGACCCUUGGAGAGUUUGUAAGUAAACCAUUUUUAACUUAACCAAAUGUGUGUCUUUUCUAUGCUAGGGGAAGAGGGAAGUUUUGAAACUCACAAGGAC